UCACUUGAACACAACAGCAAGCAGCAUGUCGACAAUAACGCAGAACGCUUCCCAGAGCUCAUACCCCCCCAUCUUGCCAAAGGACUUCAAUGCGAACCAGCCCAAGACGAUCCGCCUAUAUCCCCUCAGCAACUACACAUUCGGCACCAAAGAUGGCCAACCUGAGGAAGAUCCUUCAGUACUUGCGCGCCUGAAGCGGCUCGAAGAGCACUACAACGAGCAUGGCAUGCGACGGACGAGCGAGGCUAUUCUGGUCUGCCACGAGCACAACCACCCGCACAUCCUCAUGCUGCAGAUCGCGAAUGCCUUCUUUAAGCUCCCCGGCGACUACCUCCGUGCUGAAGACGAUGAGAUCGAAGGCUUCAAGGCGCGCCUGAACGAGCGCCUCGCACCCGUCGGCACGCAGUUCACAGGCGAGGGCGUCAACGACGAGUGGCAGGUCGGUGACACAUUGGCGCAGUGGUGGCGCCCAAACUUUGAGACGUUCAUGUACCCCUUCAUCCCCGCCCACGUCACACGGCCAAAGGAGUGCAAGAAGCUGUACUUCAUCCAGCUGCCGCGCAGCAAGGUACUCAGUGUACCCAAGAACAUGAAGCUUCUCGCCGUCCCGCUUUUCGAGCUCUACGACAACACCGCGCGCUACGGGCCUCAGCUCUCGGCGAUUCCUCACCUCCUUUCGCGCUACAACUUCGAGUUCAUCGACGAGGAGGGCAAUGUUGCAGCCACAACGCCUGGCGUUGGCCCAAUGGAUGCGAACGUGCAAACAAAGGUCUUGGCUGGAGGAGAGGAUGUCAACAUGCAGCAAAACGGAGAUGAGGCGAGCGAUGUUACAAUAUCGUAACGUUCUUGUCCAUCUUUGUUUUCCUGAUGCUAUUUGACUGAUGCAUGAUAGGUGUUAGGCGUUUGCCGAAGGUUCUUGUGGAUUGCAAGUCGGGCUCAUUGGGUGGGUGUAAUGAUCUGGAGUGAACGCUCUACCAAACUUCGGUAUCAGUAUGUGAUGAUAUCGUCAGUUCCAACUUGCAGACUCUGGAUAUUCCAAUAUUCGAGAUCAUCUUGCACAAUACACAACGAAUCGAUCCAAAUUUGAUCGAUAUCCAGUAAUAGUAGCCUCGUAUAUACCUCUGUCGUAG